AUGGUACUUGGAUGCCGGAGAUUAUUGCGAUUGAAAAUAGAAGUGAUGGUGCUGAUGAAAUGCCAUGAACAGACAGAUCCCAACCAUAAACGACAUUUCGUAGCUUUCGUGGAUCGAGGAAAAACAGCAAAAUUCAAGACCAUAAGCGAUCAACUGACGAUCAAGUACGGAAAGCCAGUCGCUGAGGCGGCUAGAGCAAAUCAGCUGGAGUUCCCUGCUAAAGUUUCUCCCAAACUUAUCAGCAAACUGAGCGUAGCUGCACCACCAAAAGUGAUGGUAGAAAGGUAUAUGAUCGAGAUUGCUGCUGUGAGCGCUGGCGUUCCAUUCACGCCUGAUCCAGAUGUCAUGAGAGAUGAUGAGGUGGCUCAGGCAGAAAAGAUGCUCAUUGACUUCAAGCAAGCUGUUCCUUCAUCAGGAGGCAUUCCACCUGCUGCUCCUCCAAGUGACGAUCACCUUGUUAUUGGUAUUCGAGAAAAUUUACUAUUGGAAAAGAAAUUGGGUGGCCUUCUUCGUGAUGUUGAAGAACUGAAAAGGCAACAACUUCUGAAGGCAUCUGCGAAGAUUCCCACCAUUUUGAAGUCUGCCAUCUGCCAUUCCGACGUCGCGGUACUGAUGUUUUUGAUCUUAAUGUUUUGCGUGGUUACCACUUCCGCGCAGUAUCUGCCCACGGCGGAGAAGAAAGUGGUUGUGUGUGGUUGCGACAUAACAGUAUCGUGGCAGGACGCUUUGUUAAACUUAGUUUUAUGUUCAUGGGAACCUUAA